AUGCUGCCCCCGAUGGUCGUCGAAGGGCAGCCGCUGUGUGACCCGGAGCCCCCGCCGGGUCGGGACAGCAGCCCGUCGCGCCUGUCGGGCGUGUCCGGGCUGCCGCCGCAGGACGUCGACGCCAUCGAGGCGCGGGCGUCGCGCGAGAGCGAGCGCGACGGCUCGCGCGGGCGCAAGCUCAGCGCGGCGACGUCGCGGAGCCCGCUGCCCGACGACGACUCGCGGCGGACGGCCGACGCGGCGGCGGCGUCGCCGCCGGCGGCGGCCGUCGCCGCGCAGGCCGCGGCGCUCCAGGAGACGCUGGCGGCCAUGCGGACGCAGAUGCACGUUUUGGGCGAGCGGCUCGACGCGCUCCAGAGCGCGGCGCUGCCGGUCGGCGCCGAGCGGCCCGCGUCCGCGUCGUCGGCCGCCUACUCGGGCCGUCCCGGGUCCUUCGACGCGCCGCGGCCCGGGUCCUUCGACGCGGGCUUCCACCGGCGCGCGACGGCGCCGGAGCCCGGGGCUUUGGACGUCGCGGGCCCGUCGCACCGGCGCGCGACGGCGCCGGACCAGAGCCUGCCCCCGGGCCUCCUCGGCGGCAUGUCCCUGCCGGCGGCGCUGCCGCCGGACCAGGUCCCGCCCCACUACGAGGAGCCGUCGCCGGCCAUGUCCUUCGGCGGCCGCUACUCGUCGGAGCGCGCGAGCCGCGACCGCCGGAGCUCGCGCGACAGCCGCCACAGCCGCGCGUCGAGCAACGGCGGCCUCAUGCUCGCGGCCGCGGGCGAGGUCCUCGCGGCCGCCGCGGCGAGCGACGGCCCCAUCGACCCCGGCGCGAAACCCCGCGAGCGGCGGCCGACCAUCGCGUCCAUCUACCACGGCCACCGCUGCGGCUGGGACACGUCCGAGGACGCGCAGCGCCUCGAGCAGCUGCUCAAGGGCCCCCAGCGCGGGAGCGACGGCGCGCAGGCGGCGAACUUCUUCGCCGCGCUCGACGCCCGGACCAUCGUCCGCUCGCGGUCGCGGGCCAAGGUCGCCUGGGACGUGCUUCUGGUCUUCGUCGCGGCGCACGAGGCCUUCGCGGCGCCGCUGCUGUGGGCGUUCGGCGACCGGACGACCUACGCCCUCACACCCUUCUGGCCGUCGGAGAUCCUGGCCUACGCCGUCCUCGUCGGCGACAUCCCCGUGUCCACGCGCACGACCUACUUUGUGGGCGAGCGCGAGGUCCUGGACCCGCGGACGCUCGCGGCGCGCUACGUCUACUCGCCGGCCUGCGUCCUCGACGUGGUCGCCUGCGCGCCGGUCUGGGUCUUCGAGGAUCGAUCCCCGCGGCUCCUGCGGCUCCUCUGCAUGAGCAAGCUCGUCACGAAGCUCCAGACGACCUUCGUCGACGCGUCGGCCGCGUUCCGCCUCGCGCAGCUCGUCGUCCUGCUCCUGUACGCGAUCCACUGGUCCGCGUGCUGCUGGGUCGUCAUCAUGAGCGAGCCCUUCAAGGCCCAGUUCGGCUUCUACGAGUGCGCCGGGUCGUCCGCGGAUUUCUGCGAGUCGUGCGAGUCGCCGGGCUGGGACGCUCGGGCGUGCUUCGACUGCUGCGACAAGGACCCCAUCGGCAUGCGCGACGCCUACGCGCGGUCCAUGGUCCACGCGACGUCCCUGCUCUUCGCGCUGGGGACCUUCAUGCCCGAGGCCUUCGGGGAGCAGGUCUUCUUCGUCUGCAUCAUCGUGCUGGGGGGGCUGCUGAGCGCGUCGAUCUUCGGCGCGUUCGCGGUCGUCGUCGGCGAGGUCUUCGCGGGCGAGAACAACGUCCAGGCGCGCAUCUCGGCGACGUCGACGCAGAUGGCGCGCAUGCACAUCCCCCGGCCCAUGCGGAAGCGCGUCCACGACUACCAGCGCCACAUGGCCAAGCUCGAGGAGAGCGGCGCGACCGUCUUCACGAAGGACUCCUUCAUGAGCGACCUGAGCCCGGCGCUCCGCGGCGACCUCAAGCUCUACUUGUUCUUGGAGACCAUCGCCCAGAACGUCUUCUUCCUCAAGGCGAACCCGUCGCAGCAGCUCCUCGGCAUGAUCGUCGAGGGCCUCUACACGGCCGUCUACAUGCCCGGGGACCUCAUCAUGCGCAAGGGCGAUCCGAGCGACUGGAUGGGCUUCAUCGGCACGGGCGGCGAGGUGAGCAUCGUCGACCCGGACGAGAAGGGGCGCACGUUCACGAAGACGCUCGCCGAGGGCGACUACCUCGGCGAGAUCGGCCUCCUCUACGACACGCGGCGGACCAUGGACGUCGAGGCCGUGGGCCACUGCCGCAUCCACGUCCUCAGCCGGUCGACGCUCGACCGCAUGCGCGAGGCCUACCCGAAGGAGACCCUGAGCCUGAUCACCUCGAUCAAGUCGGACGUCGAGCUCAAGAAGCGGCUGAGCAUCGAGGAGAUCGCGGCGCUCAAGAAGGACACCAUCGUCGCCGACAUCCGGAAGAAGAUGCUCGCGUCCGUCGUCCAGGACCAGUCCUACACCGCCGAGUCGAAGCGGCAGAAGCGCGCGUCGGGCCACGCGGGCAAGCGCGGCCUCGUCGUGCCCAUGGCCGGCGUCCAGGAGGAGUCCAAGGAGCCGACCACGGACCCCGUGCCCGCGCGGAGCCUCGACGAGAAGACCGUCGCGGACCUCGCCGCGGACGCGGCCGCCGCGUGGGCGCGCUCCGGCGCGGGCGCCGGCGCGGCCCGGGGCUCGGCCGCGGCCCGGGGCUUCUUCGCCGCGGCCGGCGCCUUCUUCUUCGCGGCCGCGGGCUUCUUCUUCGGCUUCGGCGCGGCCUUGGGCUUCUUCGGCGGCUUCGGCGGCGGCACGAAGGCCUUGACCAGGGCGUUCUUGCCGUCCUUCCUGUCGCGGCGCGCCGCCGCGGCGACGGCCCGGGCCGCGGCCGCGACGUCCGGGAGCGCGCUCCGCUCCGCCGCGGAGUCGUAG